GGUGGCGGUCACACUGGCCCCAAAUAGUUAGGCUUGAGUAAAUAACCAGUUUGAGACUUUACGGUGAUUCGGAAACUCGUACCUGGCGAUUCGGUUGUCCACAGUGUAAACAACCCUGCUGUGGCAGUCAAAAGGAGUUAAAUUGGAUCCGGAAAUGUUUAAUAUUGGAGCUCUCAAAAUGGAUACAGACAUGGAUGGAAAGAACGCCAGUUUUGGGCAGAACGAGGAUAAUGAAGAUGACGAGAAGCAAAAUGAAUUGUCGUUUUGUUUCGUUCGGGGUUCCGAUCCAAGAGCUGCAACAUGCCGAAGCAAACUGCAAAACAAGCGCUGCAAAUUAAACAAAGAGAUAAACAAGGAACUGCGCCUUCGAGCUGGAGCCGAGAAUCUAUAUAAGGCCACUUCAAACCGCAAACUGCGGGACACAGUCGCCCUGGAACUGAGCUUCGUCAAUUCAAAUUUGCAAUUGCUGAAGGAGCAGUUAGCCGAAUUGAAUUCAUCGGUGGAAAUCUAUCAAAGUGAAAGUCAUAAUGGAAUUAUGCCCAUGAUACCAUUGGGUUUGAAGGAAACCAAGGAAAUCAAUUUUAUGGAACCAUUUUCGGACUUUAUCUUGGAGCACUACAGCGAGGAGCCCUCCAUAUAUAUAGACGCCAUAGCAGAUAUGACGGAUACGAGACAGGCAUCCAAAACACCAUCACGCGACGCCCUUGGAGUCGCCUUGCUCUUCCGCUACUACAACACGCUGUAUUACGUGGAACGUCGAUUCUUUCCGCCGGAUCGCAAUUUGGGCGUGUACUUUGAGUGGUAUGACUCACUUACGGGCGUGCCCUCGUGCCAGCGGACCAUUGCCUUCGAGAAGGCCUGCACCCUGUUCAACCUGGGAGGCAUAUACACCCAGAUUGGUGCCCGCCACGAUCGCACCACCGAGCGGGGCCUCGACCUGGCCGUCGAUAGUUUUCUACGUGCCGCGGGAGUAUUUCGCCACAUCUACGACACGUUCACCAAUGCCCCUUCGAUGGACCUGAAACCGCAGGUCCUUGAUGUCCUCGUCUCCCUAAUGCUUUCCCAGGCCCGGGAGUGUUUGUUUGAGAAGCUACAGCUGCAAAUUGAGGCGAUAGGUCUCACCGAAUUCAGUUGUGCGUAUCGCGAUCUAGCUGGAGAGGCUGCCCAGAUAUCGCACGAGUACAAUGAAAUGCACAAGAACAUCCAGGCGAACGACACACAUACCUAUCUGCCCGAGUGCUGGGCUGGACUGGUGCCGGUCAAGGCGGAACUCUACAAAGCGUUCGCACACUUCUACAAGGCACGCAGCAUAGAUGCAACGGAGGAGCUGAAGGUAUCCCUGCCCUCCCAAAAGGACCAACCCAGACUGUCCUCCGAAUCGUUCAUUGGCAACUCACAGGAGGUGGAGUGCAUCUCCAGCGAAGAGGCCGCCACCUCCGUCGCUAACAAACUGGCCCACCUGAAGGAAGCUCUGGCCAGUAACGAGGAAGCCCAGCGACUGCAGCGGAUGUGCCGGUACCUAAAGAACAAGACGUCGCUUACUGAAGUCAUGAAGGAGUUGCACUCCAAGUCGCAGGAGGAGUUCGAGAAGUUCAGAUUGCAGGCGUCGGCCAACAACAUCGAAGAGGGCGACCUUCUGGAGCGGGUCGUUGAAGCCUCUUCAAAAUUUACGUUAUCCUUGACGGGACCCGAUUUCACAUCGCACAAGGUUAAGGAUCCCUUCAAGCGCCUCGGACCCAUUGCAAUAUUUUCUGCGCGACGCCACUGGACAGCGCCGAGAUGUGUGCGCUUGCAGAAGGGAUCCUCCUCGUACCACAACGUGCCCCCCAUCAACAAUAAUAAGUGUCCGCUGGAGAACGAUGACGAGGAGCACGAUGGUGGAUUUAAUCUGUAUAAGGAAGAGUUUGAGAAUUUCGGCUUUCAUGUGCGCGGCGAUGCACCAGUCAUCAUUGCGCAUGUCGAGAUCAAUUCGCUGGCCGACCUUGGCGGCAUCAAAGAAGGAGAUUUCAUAGUCGAAAUAGCCGGCAUGGAUGUUAAGUGGUACUCUCAUCAGCAGGUGGUGCAGCUAAUACAGUCCUGUGGCUCCACACUUGAAUUGAGGGUCAUAACGCCCAUGGAUCGCAACUACUUGAAGCCAUUGUCGUCGAAAGGUUCAUUAUCAACGCUAUCGGCGGCCAGCUCAUCGGGUAUAUCAUCCGGAUUUCCCAGUCCCACAAGUAUUGCGGCCAAGCCCAAGCUCCACCUGAAGACGUCCACCAAUUCACGAACCGCUGGAAGCGUUUCGUCCAGUUCGUGGAAUCCCUUUCGCCGAACGCCAAGCUUAGCUAAGAUAUUUUAAGUAGCGACCGGUUUUAUUAUAUGUGUUUUUUUGCUCUUGAGGCAACGGCCAUUGCAAGUUAACAAGAAUGUUGUGCAGUUUAAUGUUAAGCAAUAAACUUAAUUACUUUUUUUACAA